GUUUAUAAUUGUUAUAAUUCCUUAAUAUAUUUUCUUUCAGAUUGUCUACUUAUUUUUAUAAACAAGAAAACUCUUGACGAAAAGUGAAGACUCACAACUUCAUAGUAACUAAUAUAUAUCGAUAUCAACGAAUCAGGAAACCGAAAACACCGUGUUUAACAACUUUAACCCUUUCACGCACCCUGCAACCUCAUAACAUGAUAAGCUGUUCACUGUCGUAACCGCUGUCCCUGAAAGGGUUCACCAUUCAGAUCUGAUUUUAUUGUUUUAUUUUUCAAUGCGUAUAUUUAUUUUUCUUCAGCAUAGGAGCAGCGCGAAUAGGCCGAAUGCAUGACCGUAGGCCUUUUCCAGGCAGGGAUAUCACAAAAUAUGUACGUCAACUUGCCGUCGAUGACCACAGGCAUAUAGCCUACUAUUUCAUUUUACCAAUAAAAUGAAUAAAAUUGUAUCUGUCUAUUCAAAACGGUUUAAUUAUUAUCAUUCGUUCCAAAUGUUUACGUGUGGGCGUCAAUUAUCCUGGUUUGAGAAGGUUCUAUCCAAAAAUAAUUUUCAAAAAACCAAAUUACUUAACAAAAAAAAAAAAGACCACCAGUCUUUAUGUUCUUAUUUCCAGAGAAAUUCCGUUUCACAAAAUAUCUUAUCUAAUUUUUUUUUAAGUGUCCCAAUGCAGAUGUGCCUGCAGAUGUUUAUCAGCAACGUGCCCACACAUGCUGCUGGGGAAGUUACCGUUACGUUCACACUGCACCGUCAAAGCUACUUUAUGGCUGUACAGUAUUGUACGCAAUAGUAGCAUUACUGUGGCGCGUUCAGAGCCUGUGCUGUCCCCCCCCCCCACCACCCUCCCCUCGUGCAGCGUUGGUAGUCAUUAAUGAUUAAACCGCAGUCAGCUCCAACACAAUACUGCGGCUUCCCGUUCCCACAAAGCAGAGAGGAAACGGAGCGUCCUGCCAUUGCAGGGAGAUUCAGGAGAGGGAAAGAUCGCGAAAGGGUGUGUGGGGGGGGGGGGGGGAAAGGAAAGUUAAAGAGAGUUCCUCCAUCUGUCUAUCCAUGUGAUCUUGCGCAUCAGCCAGGUUUAAACUUAUUAUCUGACCCGUGUUACUUCGCAGAGCCGCGAGAAGGCAUGAAGCAUACGCAGGAAUGGCGGGGGUGGGACACAGUGAAGUAAAAGUAAAAAUAGAGUCUUUGUUUCUAUUUGUCAGCCAUACUGUCUGCAGUAUGCCCAUUUAGACAAAUCGGGGCCUGUAAGGGAACAAAGAGAAGGAGACAGACUGAGACUGAGACUAGCCUAUUUCUUUCAGAACAUGCAGUGCACAUUCAUUUUGCAAAACGCCGAUGAAAUGCAGACUGGCUCGUCUGGCUUUCUUGUAUAGGAACAAUGAAAUCAUGAUAUAAUCCAUUCCAGAGACCCGUAAUGGCUGUAUUCUAAUCCCUGUGAAGACUCUGUGUAUUUAUUUCAGCGCAAAAUAUUACUUGAUGCUCACAAGAAGGAUUAGGACUGUUACUUUUAUUCUCGCCUGUGGUCUUCUUUGCAUUCCAUCGGUGUCACAAAUCAACACAAUAAUUCACAGGCGACAUAAAUCAAAUCAGGCAUGCUUCUUCAGCAACACUCUCGUGAUACGUUUCGCACGAGAGCCACACGCAACAACCUUUCUCCUCGUGGCAGUAAGAAACACAAGAAGCACUUCACCCGAUUCAUAGAGGUCUGUUAAUCCCUUGUUCACUUACAAUGCAAAGUUAAAGGCACCCAUAUACAUUUUCAUGGCCAUGCAUACUGCAAAACCUCUCACAGAUUAAAUCGAGAAUCGCAGCAUUAUAAUUUUGUAUACCAUCACCGACACGCGAGCACAUCGGGUCACACGCGAGCGGCGGCGUGACAUAUUUUCGCUGGAAUCACUUUAAUGUGCUAUGUAUUAUUUGCAAAGCGCAAGGAAUAUGUUUUAUUACUUCCAUUUAGUACCCCCCACCCUCCAUCACACCACACACGCACACACACACACACCCCUCGGGGCUUCAGUUCGCUUGCGCUGCGCAUAAGUGCGUUUGUUAAGAGGCCCAACAGACGGGAGACACAGGGAGAAAGAGAAUCAAUUUAACGCGCGAAAGACUCCGAGUCUGAUUGCGCAAUGUCACCGGGAACCAGAUGACGACUGUAAAAGUAGAUUGGAAGAGAAUUAGCAAGAGAGGAAGGCAGAUUGGAAAGUGGAAAUGGGAAAAGAGGCGACGCACGCGGGCGCGAACACGCACACACACACAAGCACACACGCACACGCCGUCCUCUCCUCCGCCUGGUCGGGGCGACGCAGGCACCGAACCUUCCUAUUGGUCAGGGUGUGGUCAGCUGGUGCCCGCUUGCCUCCACCUCCCAUAUACCCCUCCGCUUGACACGCGCGCGCACGCACGAGAACGCGCGCACGCAUGCUGAUGCCCCCCUCGCCCUCUCUCUUUCUGCGUGUUCUCCACACCACCCAGACUCCCCGUGUCCCCUCUAACCCUCAUCAACCUCACCCCUCCUCCCAAUCUGCGAUAAACUGAGUGAUAGCAGCAGCCCGUCGAACUGUCGGCUAUAAAACACAACAAAUCAUAAAGUGCAGGCUGGGGAAGCAGAUGAAGGAGGACUGGAGGGAGAAGCGUUAGCUGCUAGCCGAUAGCCCCUUUUCUACUCCUCCUUCUUUUCAUACCGCGUGCGCGUUGUUGUUGUUUCGCGCCCUCCCGUCCUGCCCUCCGCUCAUCGCCUCCGUUCUUAUCCACUUUCCUUGCCGACUGUCCUCAUGAGUUCCUAUUUUGUCAACUCUUCUUUCCCCGUUGCGUUAUCGGGAACGGGCGGAGGCGGGCAGACGGCCGAGUCGUUCUUAGGUCAAAUCCCUCUCUAUUCCUCCGGAUACGCCACUGACCACCCGCUCAGACAUUACUCUGGAGCUGCGGCCGUCACGGCCGCCGCGGCGGCGGCGUACAACGCGAGCGGAGGUGGCGUGCAGGACAAGCCCUACCCGGCUUCUACCUAUUACCAACAGGCGACCAACGGAGGGUAUGGGGGGCAUCGGACGGCGGCGGGGGUCGGUGUCGGCGCCUCAACCGGCUCAAGCGCGUGUGACUAUGCCACAGCCGCGGCGGCGGCUGCGGCGGCGGCGGCCGCCACAAGUUUCUACCGGGACAAGGAAUUCGCUUGCAGCCUGGACGAACAUCCCCUCGCGCUUAGCCACGACGUCGUGCACCGCAAGACGGACUGCGGGAGUUUGAGUGGCAAGGGGGUCUUCGGUGACACCGUGAAUGACAAGCAAACGGGGUCAGCCCACAUUUAUCCGUGGAUGCAGCGAAUGAACGCCUGCAAUGGGGCGUUUGGCAGUCCCGGCAGGCGUGGGAGGCAGACGUACACCCGCUACCAGACACUCGAACUGGAAAAGGAGUUCCACUUCAACCGCUACCUCACGCGCAGGCGGCGGAUCGAGAUCGCGCACGCGCUUUGCCUGACAGAGCGCCAAAUUAAAAUCUGGUUCCAGAACCGGAGGAUGAAGUGGAAGAAGGAGAACAAACUGAUCAACUCUUCAUCUUCCGCUUCAUCCACAGUGAACGGGGUCGAUGAAGAGGAAAAACGGACGGAGUAACACAAUGAAAGAACGAAGUAGACUAUCAUAAACGGGGAAGAAGAAAAGACAUUCUGAGGAAUCCAUUGUCAUCUUCUUUCAUUCCUUCCAACGCUAUCGGUCUGAAUUUAAAACUCUGGGAAAGGCAACCUGCGUUUGAUCGCAUUGUAUUGUUUUACUCGAGAAGAAACAAAGAGGAGCCAUUCAACUCCCUUAAUAGACCCCGUUUGUAUCUGUGUGGUCUAAAAAGAGAAACGGGGGGACGGGGCCUGAGAUGGUAAUACUGCGGAUGCCGAUGGGCGAAAUGGUGCAUUUUGCUUUGUGCGCUUAAUGGUUUAAAACCAAUUAGUAAAUAAGUAAGCCGUUUGGGCGAAAAUGUGCUGUUUAACAACACAUUUCACGUUACAUUCCCAAUAGUGAUGAGUUAUCUCUUUUCCCUCUGCUAGGCACUUGAAUGUAAAUCACUGAAUUCUGUUGACUUUUUUCCGUCUAAUUUAAAAGAACGUGUGUUAAACUUUGAGUCGGACCCGUACACACAAAAAAGGAGACGAGACACCAAAUCUAAAACCGUGUGUUUAGUUGGCAUUCAUUUAAUAUCUACUGUAGGGUGUAAAAAAGCAGGGUCAAAUCCCAAUAUAAAAUGAGCAUGAGCAUCAUUUUGUAAAAGGGGAUUAAGGUAACACUUGACCGUUUUACUUUCUCAAGAUGCUGUGGUGGUGCGGGGUGGGGGGGAUAACAUAUUCAUGUCAUUCCUUAAACUACCUAAAAUAUUCAGGAAUGUGUACAUUUAGAAGUUGUAUAUUUUAUGGGAUUUUUGCAUUGUUUGGUUAUUAUGUCCGUGUUUGUCAAGUACUUAACAAUACUACCUAUAUGUCCAAUAAAGUGAAAGGCAAUGUAA